GCAGCAGGACCCGCCGGAGCUGCUUUAGUCCACCACUCGCGUAAAACCCUAUUUCCCCUGAAAACAAAGAAAAACAGUGAUUCUGUUAUUGGUUGAUUAACUUUCGGGUUCGCGCAUGCGUCUCAGCACGCCCGUAGAGCAAAAGUAAUCACGCUGCGAGUGGUGAGUUGUGCUCAAAAACACAGCAACUAAAAUGUAUCCGAGUGGAGCAGCUGGCGUUGCUGAGAUGUGUGAGGGCCUUCCCUCUUCGGGGUCAGUAGGUUCUGCUCCUCCAUCUCCUCCAUCACAGGAGUAUGUGUUCAAACCACCCCAGCGGCCAGACUUUGGCACCAUGGGCAGGACAAUCAAAUUGCAGGCCAACUUCUUUGAGAUGGACAUCCCCAAAUUGGAGAUGUACCAUUAUGACAUUGACAUCAAACCUGAGAAGUGCCCCCGGAGGGUCAACCGUGAAAUUGUUGAGCACAUGGUCCAGCACUUUAAAACGCAGAUCUUUGGUGAUCGAAAGCCUGUCUAUGAUGGGAGGAAAAAUUUGUACACGGCAAUGCCUUUACCCAUAGGGAGAGACAAGGUGGAGCUGGAAGUGACUAUACCUGGAGAAGGGAAGGACAGAAGCUUUAAAGUGGCCAUAAAGUGGGUUUCCUGUGUCAGCCUGCAAGCUCUUCAUGAAGCAUUGUCUGGACGGCUGCCAAGCAUCCCUUUUGAGACCAUUCAGGCUCUAGAUGUUGUCAUGAGACAUUUGCCCUCAAUGAGGUACACGCCUGUUGGCCGCUCAUUUUUCACACCUUCGGAGGGCUGCUCCAACCCCCUUGGUGGUGGGAGGGAAGUCUGGUUUGGCUUCCAUCAGUCUGUUCGACCUUCCCUUUGGAAAAUGAUGCUCAACAUUGAUGUGUCGGCCACUGCAUUCUACAAAGCCCAACCAGUGAUUGAGUUUAUGUGUGAGGUUUUGGAUUUUAAAAGCAUCGAAGAACAACAGAAACCUCUAACAGAUUCCCAGAGAGUGAAGUUUACCAAGGAGAUAAAGGGUUUGAAAGUGGAGAUCACACACUGUGGGCAGAUGAAGAGAAAGUACAGAGUUUGUAAUGUCACCAGGAGACCAGCGAGUCACCAGACGUUCCCCCUACAGCAGGAGAAUGGACAGACCAUUGAAUGCACUGUGGCACAGUACUUCAAAGACAAAUACAAACUGGUACUUCGGUACCCUCAUCUCCCAUGUUUACAGGUUGGCCAAGAGCAGAAACACACCUACCUUCCUCUUGAGGUUUGUAACAUAGUGGCUGGACAGCGAUGCAUCAAAAAACUGACAGACAAUCAGACCUCCACUAUGAUUCGUGCCACAGCACGGUCAGCCCCUGACCGACAGGAUGAAAUCAGCAAACUGAUGAGAAGUGCCAACUUUAAUACUGAUCCUUAUGUGCGUGAGUUUGGGGUUAUGGUGAGAGACGAGAUGACUGAAGUGAAUGGCCGGGUCCUCCAAGCACCUUCAAUUCUCUAUGGAGGAAGGAACAAGGCAAUAGCUACCCCAAUCCAAGGCGUGUGGGACAUGAGAAACAAACAGUUCCAUACUGGCAUAGAAAUCAAAGUGUGGGCCAUUGCCUGCUUUGCUCCACAGAGGCAAUGCACAGAACUCCUGCUGAAAGCCUUCACAGACCAGCUGCGUAAGAUCUCACGUGACGCAGGCAUGCCCAUACAAGGCCAGCCUUGCUUCUGUAAGUAUGCCCAGGGAGCUGAUAGUGUGGAGCCCAUGUUCAAGCAUCUGAAGUACACCUACCAAGGUCUGCAGCUGGUCGUGGUGAUUCUGCCAGGGAAGACUCCUGUCUAUGCGGAGGUGAAGCGUGUUGGGGACACAGUUUUGGGAAUGGCCACGCAGUGUGUCCAGGUGAAGAAUGUUCAGAAAACCACACCUCAGACCCUCUCCAACCUUUGCCUGAAGAUUAAUGUUAAGCUGGGUGGAGUCAACAACAUUCUGCUUCCACAGGGAAGGCCUUUGGUGUUUCAGCAGCCGGUCAUUUUUCUGGGUGCAGAUGUGACUCAUCCCCCAGCAGGAGAUGGAAAGAAGCCCUCCAUUGCUGCAGUGGUUGGCAGCAUGGAUGCCCAUCCCAGCCGAUACUGUGCUACAGUGCGGGUCCAGCAGCAUCGACAGGAUAUCAUUCAGGACUUGGCUGCUAUGGUCAGAGAGCUCUUGAUCCAGUUUUACAAGUCCACCCGCUUCAAACCCACACGUAUCAUCUACUACAGAGAUGGAAUUUCAGAAGGUCAAUUUCACCAGGUUCUACAACAUGAGUUACUGGCAAUUCGUGAGGCCUGCAUCAAGCUGGAGAAGGACUAUCAGCCUGGCAUCACUUUUGUGGUGGUCCAGAAGAGACAUCAUACUAGGCUUUUCUGCAUGGACAGGAAUGAGAGGGUUGGAAAGAGUGGGAAUAUUCCUGCUGGCACCACAGUUGACACAAAAAUCACUCAUCCAUCAGAAUUUGACUUUUACCUUUGCAGCCAUGCUGGGAUUCAGGGUACAAGCAGACCAUCUCACUACCAUGUGUUGUGGGACGACAACCAUUUCACCUCGGAUGAGCUGCAGGUGCUCACCUACCAGCUCUGCCACACCUAUGUGCGCUGCACUCGCUCUGUAUCCAUCCCUGCACCAGCCUACUAUGCCCACCUUGUGGCUUUCCGUGCUCGCUACCACUUAGUAGACAAAGAACAUGAUAGUGCUGAAGGCAGCCAUACGUCAGGACAGAGUAACGGCCGAGACCAGCAGGCCCUGGCCAAAGCUGUGCAGGUCCAUCAGGACACGCUGCGCACCAUGUACUUUGCCUGAGCCCAGCCGGAAUUCAGUCCCAAAACACCUCGUAUGUGUAUGUUCAGAGUGCAACUUUUAUCUUAUGGGUUUCCUCAGAAGGAGAAGAAAUUCCCCAAUGAUUUGGAGUCCAAAUCUCCACGUAGGUAAUUCCAAAUAUUUUAAACAUUCAAAUAUUUUCUCCAUGUAUUUAUUACAGAGAAGAUUUUUUUUUUUUAUUUUCCCAUUUUGUUUUAAGAAGGAGCUAAGUGCAGGUGAAUCUUUGUUAUAUACGUUUAUGUUGUACGCUAGGGGUUGACCUGUUUACAUAGAAAAUCAACUCAGUUUCAAAAUAUGUUUUACACUGACACUUCUGAUUUUGGAUUGGAAAGGUUGUUUUAUUAUUAUUAUUAUUAUUAUUAUUAUUAUUAUGCCAUGUCAGAUUGUAGAAAUUUUAAAAUAGUACUUUUGAACAAAUUAUUACACCAUUUGAGGUUGCAAGAACGCAUCGCACAGGUCAUGUUCCGGGGUUGUUGAGUUGCAGUCUCCUUGGCUGUAUUCUCAGCAAAGUGUACUGACUAAACGAGCACAACUUCAGGACACAAGUACUUAUUGUGUUUUUAUGUUUCAUUUCUGUGUACUAACACAAAUCUCAAUGUUGUCUUUUUUUGUUACUCCUGAAUUUGUUCAGUCUAACGUAACACCUUGCAUAACAACUGACUGACUGGGGGGUGUUGAUAAAGAUUGUGUAUUUAUCGGAAACAAACUCUUUAGAAUGUGUGCUAAAAAUUGGAACUGUUUUAGUGGAACAAUAGAAUUCGUAUCAGCUUAAAAUUUUGCCAUUCUCUCACCAUGAGAGAGUGUUUUGACAAUCAGCUGUCUGGGCCUAAACAGGCUAUGAUAGCUCAUGCAGGACAGGCUCCUGUCAGUGACACCCUCCCUAUUUUUGAGCCAAGAUUGUCAGUAAGGAAUCUGUUCUGAUCAGUUCAGUAUCCUUCUUUGAUACAAUAGUAUCCUGUGUGUGUGUUUUUUCCCUAACAUUUUCAUUUUAAGGGUGAGCAUUUAGGCUGUAGAGUAUUACUAAUGUUUUUAUACUCUUAUCAUUUAGAUGAGAAGUUAUUCUCUAUUUACUGCUGAAUUGAUAUAUUGGUUGCUGUGAGAAGCAUAGCUUCGGAUUAUGGGUGUAUUCAUCUUUAGUCAGUCCAGUGUUUGGAUGUAAAGGAAGGAUUUUACGACCCCCUUAAAGUACAAAUCUGUGAUUCCUUCAGCUCUGUGGGAUUGGUUGUGCCAGAGAUAUCUCACUUUGCCGUGUAGAUAAUUCAGGAUCAUAGCUGAUGCUCCUGAAAGCCUUGUAUGUACUGUGGUUCAGUGAAGGGCCAAGGUUGGAGAAAAUCUCUUUAUGAUAGACACUGGGCUGCAUACUGCCAUUCUUCAGCACACCACAUCCAUAUAUGCUGAUGGCUCAUGCAACCAUGGCCUUAACUGUAGGGGGAGGUCUUGUGAGUUAAGGGAAAAUAUUUUUAAAAAUUUUUAUAUGUCUAACUAGCCACAUUAUUCACAUUAUGAGUCACAGUGGAGGUGAAAAUUCUUGUCUGAAUGUGUUAUGCACCUUAAUUUUUUGCCCAAAUGUUAAUAACGAAGCAAGAGCCUUUACCUUUUUUUUUUUUUUUUUUUUUUUUUUUUUUUUUUGGUGCGAUUUUCUUUACCUCCUUUAAUUUUGGAGGUCUUUUCAGGAGCUUUUAUAGUGCCACAGGGUUUGGCUAGUAGGCAAGUGUUUUUUAGUUUUUGUUGCAUGGCUUUAUGGGAUAUAGGGUAUAUUGACGACUGAUCAUCCACUCGUAAUUAAAACCGAACCGCAAUAUAUUGUAUGCAUCUCUGUAUACUGUUAUAAUGCAACAUUUGAAUGCCUUCUAAAGCUACCCAUAAGGUGUAAUAGUCUGUGCUGGUUAAUUAGCUGUACUGAUUACUUCCCCAUAUAAUGUUUCAGUUUUAAACUUCAAUAGCUUAGAGUUGGGACAUUUUUAACGUCUUUCCUAACUAUGCAUUUAUAACCAAGAGAUUUUAGUGAUGUUUGUGUAUAUGAAAUAUGAAUUUAGAACAUAUGUAUUGUAGUAAUUUUAAGCUGGGUGCUUUUAAUAGUGUGCAUAGUGCGAAACCCUGUAUCCGUUGUAGCAGUAUUAGCCUACAGAAUACUAUAUUUUUAUUAUAUCAGACAAUUGGAUAUACUUUGUAAGACUUUCAGUUACUCCUGUUAGCCAAGAAAGAUUACAAAUAUUAAGUAUACUGUUGUCCUACAGUGAUUGAAGCACAAAAAGAUGUAAUUGUAGGUGCUAGACUUUUCCUGACACAUUUUUUAUCACAAUAUUGUUUUCUUUACCAUGAAAUCACCGUAAAAGCCUCAACCAUAUGGUUGAGUUGUUUCUUCACUUUUUAUCCUUGAACGUUAUUCAUUACUGUCAUUUUCCGACUUAACUGUGUUUGCAGGGGCAUUUUAGUUCUCAGUCUCAAAUACUUGAGUUGUUUUUACUAAGUGGCGCUGGUCCCAAAACUUGUGAAAGUAGAUGCACUUUGAAGGGCGAAGGACAUAUACCUUUAGUUCCAUAAGAUUCAAAGCAUGAAGUUAUUCUCUGGCUGUAAUUGUGUGGAAAUGGCUAGAUGUCCUACCUCUUGUUGCCUGUUUCUAAUUUUAUGGUAACAUCCUUGCAUUAGUCAUUUCUUCAUAAUUACACAGGUGUUGUUCAAACACAGUUUCUUUCUCUUAAAGUUUCUGGACAUGAUGAUAGGAGUCACCUAGGUGUCAAAUGUCUUGGACAUUUGAAGUUACUGAAAUACGUAUCUCUUCAGAGGCCAAGUUUGGUGCCAUUUGAAUCCAUUUAAAUUGACUGCCAUACUUUUUUUUUCUUUACCAGUAAUAAAGUGUUGAAGCCUCAAAGAAAGAUCGCUGUAUGUUUAACUGCAAAUCACAGAAUGGAUUACGAAGAACGUUAUCUGCUCUCAGUUUUUACUGAAAGUGUACAGUGUGAAUACUGUCGUGUUCUGCCAAGCAACUUUUGAUUGCAACACAUUCAAGUUUUAUUUGUUUGCCCCACCUCUGUGGCUGCUCAUUUGCAUAUCGUGUAGUUUUCCAUUCAGAAUUUAUCUUUAGAGCUGGAACAUUCAUAUUUAUCAUUUAGUUAGGAAAUCAAAUUAAUUCAACAAUAACAUUUUAACUACUUCUUAGGCCUGUUUGAGAAACAGCUUGACCUUAAGUUUUUAUUGAUACCAUUAACUUUGUUCCAUAAAUGGGACACAAGUGAUCACAGCUUUCAGUUGUUACCGAGUCUUUAGUGUUUUACAUUUUUAAGCCAGCACCUUAGAUUGUCAGAACUCUUCAGCAUAUGCAAUUCCUCAAAAUAUAGAAAAAAAAAAUCAUAUGAUUGACAUGUUUUUGCACUAUAUCGAGAGGUGACUAGGCUAGUGUUGUAAAUGAUUGUAAUGUUAGCAAAGUUCUGGUUGUCCUCCUUUGUCGCCAUAAACGCUAAAGGAUACUGCAGUUGUUUUUGAGCGAAGCUUGUAUUAUAUUUUGAUACACACAUGCAUGCACAUAAAAUGCAGAUUAGUGCAAGAGGCAAAUCUGAAGUCCUGAUGACUAUGCAAACACGGAUUUUUAUUCUGUCAGAGCCAUUGAUCUUACAUUAGGCAUUGUGUUGGUAUCCAUUCGAUUAGCUUUAAGCUGAUCACCUUUUAAAUGCAUAUCUGUAUACACUGUAUACAGUAUGUACUGUAUAUUCUACCCAAGGCCCUAAUUGAGAAACAAAAUCUCUGCUUUUUCAGGUCUAUUCAGUCAAUCCAGUCAAAGGAUGUAAGGACAAUUUUAUGACUCUUUUCUUACUGCUCAUUUAUAAAUGUAGUGGAGAAAAUUUUUAAAUACAGUUCAUAUGAAAAAUUUUCCAAAGUGUAAAAAUUUGAAUUUAUGCUUAAGGAAAAAAGAUCCAACAGCAGACAGUACUCAACAUGAUGAGCUGGUGUAUUAUUGGUAUUACUUUCAUCUAUGCAGAGUAAAAACAUGUAAGAAUCUGCUUAUGAGAAUGAAUAUGGUGCUGCAGUGAUUUGUCGGGUUGUGGAUGCAGGAUAAUGCCUAAUCAGUUUGUCAUUCUUCAUUUAUCCUACUAAACAUAAUUGCGAGCGAAACAGCUCAUCUGUUCUCACUGGAUUCAGAUAUUUUGCCAAGACCAUAAUUUUUAAACUGAUUUAAUCUAUGAUGCCAUAUAGUCCAAACACUUUUUGGAGAAAAGGUCAAAUUCAGCCAAUAAAAUUGAGACAGUCUAGAGGCAUUACACAAGUAUCACUGUUGCCAUGUGAUAUCGGUGUGGGCUUGUCAUUUCCUGUAUGCUCUACAGCAGACGUACUGUCCUCACAUUUUAAUUUCAAAUUUUGGACAGCUGCCUCAUUUCUGGUAGGUGCAGCAAAUUCAGACUCUUUUUUUUUUUUUUUUUUUUUUAGAUUGAUAGUGUGUUAGUCAUUUAAUAUAAACCAGUAGAUAAAAUAUGCAGCUGAGAAUUUAAAACUAUUAUUUGGAUUAAUAAAAAAUGGUGAUUAUUGGUAUUGACUGCCUCUUUUUUGGCAACAGUCAGAUUAAAUGCAAUAAGAGGAAUUGGGCUUUCCUAAAUUAAGAUGUUGGCUGAGACAUGCAUUGAUGUUCUCCGGUGAGUCAACAUUUGUUUCAUUUUGCACUGUAAUCUAGUUUAACAGUUGUAAGCUGAAUUGCAAGCCAUUGUCUGCUACUCUGCUGUACUCUGACACCCUUCUCUAUAGUGCAUCUUAUGAUCUAAAGUUUCAAAAUGUGGCCUACUUACACCCCUGAUCAAAACCAUAAUGCAUAUGAAUGUAAUUUUAACGACUAAAGUUUGAAAUAGUGGCUAAAAUAGCCACAGGAUUCUGUGCACUCAGCAAUGUCUGAUGAAUAUACAGAAACUGCAGUUCAGCCUUGGUAAUGGCACAAAGGACUAAAGAAUUGUGAGGUGUGCUCAUACAUUCAAGCAUUUGGGCAAUUAUUAAGGACACACACUGGCACAUCAUUCUGUUACUUGUGUUUGAGGUGCUGCACUGUAAGAAUUGUAUAUAAUUUAGGGCAACGUUGUAGUGUUUUGUUUUUCUUUUUAGUAUGUCUAUCAUUUAUGAACAUUUUCAUUCGAAGAGCAUCUAGUUCCAUCCAGCCACUAUUUUGAGCUAUAGCGUAAUGCCCAUGUUCUCCUUUCAACCUAAGAACCUUGGUUCUCGUCACUGUUUGUCAGCGCUUUUGAAAAUGUAUUAAUAGCCUGCUUUGUGGUAAACUUGAUAGCCAUUAAAGUGGUACUUGACAAGCUCCAGUUCACUGUGUGCAUAAAGUAAAGGCUUUGAUUAGCAAAUUCUCACUUGAGAGAUUUCUCCACAGGUUAGUUGCCAUCCAGACAAAGCUUGUUCUUUUAGUUUCGUUAUCCCUUUAAACAUGGAGUUCCAAGAGCACAUACUGAAACAUUAGGCCAUUUUUUUUUAUCACAAAUACUACAUGAAGCAUUUUUUAUUGAAAAACUCUUUGUUGAAAAUGGACAUAUCAUUGGGCACCAAUAAUACACACAAUACUGAAAUGUGAGAGUUAUUGUGUGUAAGACUGAAAAAAAAAAUGACUGGCUUAGUGACCUGGCUUUUUUAUACCAACUUUGAAAACUACCUCAGAAUGGUGUUGGGUGCUAGCGUUAUAUCCCUAAUUUAUAUGAUCAUUACAAAGAAUAAUAAUAGUGACCAAACAAUAAAAGCCAAUACUGUGUGUUAGAGGUAUUUAGUUUUAUUUUACAUUUUUUAAACCUAAAAUUUGUAUUAUGGACUAAAACGAGGGAUGUUUUGAUGUGUACAAAAUUUUGAGGACCAAAUUGUGAGCAGAAAUGAAGCUUCCCUUUUUAAAAUGUAGUAAAUGACAAAUUUUUCAGUGGACUGUAAACUGACAUUUGGCGAACACUGUAGUCCUAAGUAAUUGAUGAUUUAUUUGUAUAUUGAAACAUACUUAUCAGUGGGCAUUACUGCUUUCUGUAAUAGUUUUAGAAACAGCAAGGCUAGAGUGCAGAUUCCCUGCUUGGGUGAAUGCAGAGCAAUAAAUGUGGUAGUUGGUCUUUAUUACAGGGUGCAUGUUGUUAGGCUUUCUUUAGGUGAUUCUUAUUUGGGGUUACUUGUGAAGUCCCAUCUGAAGGGAGCUCGUAGAGUGAGAUGGUGUUCUUGGUUUUGUCUGGUUUCUGAGCGUUUUGUACGGCGACAGCAUCAUCUUCAUCACCCUCUGUAGCAAUGUGUCAUAUUUCAGAUGGAAAUGUUGGGCAGGAAUGACCCAAUGACCACUGCUGUGUUUUUGUAAUACUAGGAGAAAGCAAAUUUGGUGCAUCCAGAAGUUCAAGCAUGUUUACCUUUUUGUAGGUAAACCUGUUUGGCAGCACAGUUUGAAUAUAAUGAAGCAACUUGGCAGCAUGUAUCAAGUGGAAGUCUCGAUGUCAGUCGGUUUUCAUAUCUGUAAAAAUGCUUGCAUUACACUUAAUUUCUCCUUGUUUCCAGAAUUGCAAUAAACAAAUUAGAGGGCAUCGCCCUCAUUACAACAGUCUGCUAAAUGAAAACUCCACAGUAAGGGUAAGCAGGUCAAGAAUAAGCUAGUUGGUUUUAAUGUAAUCUGAUGUAUUUUAAACGAGCUACAUUUUAGAAAGGGAAUUUGUUUUUAAUUUAAAUUCUCAAAGUCUAACUGAAUGUGUUGCAACACAUACUGAUACACUGGCAUAUUUCAGUUGUUUCAAGAGAAUUUAAUCCAUGUAAAAGGUACAAAAGGUUGUAUGGAAAUUAAAUCAAUGUUCUUGUUUUGUUGUUGAGCUAAAGACAUCCAGUUUGUGUUCUGUUUUUUGUCUGUAUGUGUGCCUUUUUCAGAUCUGUCUCACCCCCUGUAUUUAUAAUGGGUGAUAAUUUUUAAUUUGAUACUCAUUGCCACAUCAAAUAAUUUAUACAUGAAUUAUCAUGCAACCUUGAGUGAAUGCUGCAUAGAACGAUCAGUAUUUGUAUUUUGCACUUUCUAAGCAGUUUAAAAAAAAAAAACAAAAAACAAAAAAAAAACGCCCUGUUUAAAAUCGGGUGGACAGACUAAAAGAAAUUUAAGACGAGGUAUAAUCUACUAUAAUAGGAAUCCUAAAGAACCAUUUGACGUGGAGGUCUUUGCUAAAAAGUGUAGAAACAUGAAGUACCUCAUAAGCCUGAUAUAUGCUGCAUUGACAUUUAUUUUUCUUUUGUGAACCUUUUUUUUCCCUCAAAUAUGGCAAAACAGUUUUCCCCAGGGGGAGGUUUGAUAUGCAUGCAAGGCAGUGCAUAUGCGCUUCAAAAUUAUUUUUUAGGUUUAACUGCAGCCUUGUUUGGAACAGCGUUCUGUACAUUUGGCUGUUUAUUGGAGUGAUGAAGGCACAUGCUGUACAGUGCACAGGAACUCCAGCAUUGUAUUCUGAGAAAAGAUCUUGAGUUUGGCCAUCCUUACUGAUGUUUUCUGUAGUGAUAUGGUCUCUAGUUUCAGUGAGGGUCAUUAAUGUCCCCUGAUAAUUAUUUGGUGACUUGAUAUGGUCAUGAAUGACUGUUGACUCAGGUAUUGCCGUUUAAGGGCUGUAUCUGCUACUGCUUCUCCUCCCUGCACUCCCUCACCUGUGUCUUAAGGUAGCCUUGGAACUGCAUUUAUGGAUAAAACAUCACAUAGUCUAUCUGGCCUUAAAAUAUGCACUACUCAACAGAGCAUGCAAGUUAUACUUUGCUAUACGUCACUGCCAAUCAUGCCAUAUGUUUUGUUAUAAAUCUACCUCCUAUGAAUGUAGGAGUGUCCUGGAACUACAAAGGGAUUUCCCUUUUCAGUAUAGUCUGAGAAGACAACUCUCAGUUGCCCUAGGCAUGUAACCAACACCACAAACUCCAGGACACUCCAGCUGAGGCUGCAUGGUUAGGUUUUUUUUUUCUUCCCCAUGUUAAUGUAAGCCAUGGAAAAGCAAAGUGACCAAAGUUUUUACUGAAGCAUUCCUGCACUGCCUGGCUGGCUCAAACCUCCCCCUCACUUCAGCCAUUGUACUUUGUUUCCUCCUUAACCACAUGCCAAAUUGAAUUUGCUGUCAUUCCUGUUGUGAUGAGGUAUUUUAUUCUCAUUCUUGUGUUCGGGCUCACUGCUAAGCUCUGUGUCAUCAUUAUUUCUUGUUAAUGUAAGUGUGAGCUUUGAGAGUUGUUUUUGUUUUGUUUUUUUUUCCAUUUCUGCUUUUCUUUCUUUUUUUUGUUAAUUAUGAUUGCAAACUCAAGAUAUGCUGUAAACCCUGCUAGGACAUAAUGUGAAUACGUAUCAUUUAAUAUAGUUGACUCUUUGGCUUGACUGUAUAUUGCAUUGAUUAAUAAACUUAAGUUCCUCUCA